UGCAGCUAACUGCCCUAGAUCUGAGCGCUAUUGCUGAGAGUACCUGUGUCCCAUACACCAAACGACUCGUCACAGUACCUCGUCACAGUAAAGAGAGAGAGAAACAGAAAACAAAUUGUCUCAACAGGAUCUUCACAUACUUCACUUCCUUGUGCCCAUAAAUAGAGGCGUCAAAAGGAAGGCUUGGCCAACCUCAAUAAAGAGACUCCUUCACAGCCAACAGCCAAUCCAAACCAAGCUCUCACUGGCUGCCACGUCAGCAGGAGGCGGAGCAUAGAACUUUCAAACUUCAAGCUUCUCAUUCUCAAGGAGUCGACUGCUUCCUACUUUUAUGUUUUAACCACCCACUCACAAAACAAUGACUCUGGACAAACUAAGGAAGGAGCAGCCUCGGAGACUGUGUGAGUUGCUCUCAAACGACCCGGAUUACAUCCUUGAAGAGUGCGGAGACCUUCUAUCUAUGAAUGAGUACAGGCAGAUUGAAAAGCAGACCUGUGCAUUACAGAAAAUGAAUCUGCUUUUGAGUAAAGUAAAGCAACAAGAAGAAACCUGCCAGAGCUUUGAUGCCAUCCUAAGGAAACAUGGAGACCAUUACCAGCAGUGGCUGAGCCCGACUCCAGAAUUAUCUGCUCCCACAGCGUUGGCUGACGACAGCAGCGUGUUUAACAAGAGAGAAAUAAGAGAUACACGAGCGAAAUCUCUCAAUAUGAAGACUGAGGUGUUGAAUGAGUCAGCGCGCAGUCCGUCUGGCGGCUUCACUGGACCUGUUGCUCAGCACCGUUACAAAGCAGUAGGUGGAAGCAUCAUAUGUGUUGACAAAUUAAGCGGCGUCACGGUGGAUGGUGGCAUGGAUCUGUCAGUAUCAUCUAUAACAGUGACGAGUCAGCGCCGCUCAGGAGGAGCAGAAGACAGACGUCCUUCCUCUCAGCAGAAGUGGAUGCAGUCAUGUGAUAGAGAACCUGCUGUGAAGAGGAUCAUGGAGAACAAGACGGAACUGGUUGACUGCCUGAGUUCAGACUGCACCUUCAUUCUCCAGCAAGUUCAUUCUGAGGACAUCGUUACAGGCAGAGAGUAUCGAAACCUGAAGGAGGAGGCACAGUCAGAAAAGGCUGUGAUUGACCUCUUGGACCUGCUCAUCGCUAAAGGUCAGGAGUCCUGUUCCUCUUUCCUCGAACUUCUGAAAGAUCAGGAGGUCCUCGAGACCUUCCCCAAGCUCAAGAAACUGGAGCUGGAAAAUGACUGAAGACCUUUAUUCAGAGCUGAUCAUUUCUAAGCCUGUGGCACAGAGUUGUACUUAACAAACAGCUGAUAUAUUUUAACGUUCUUUUGUCUCUUGUCUUGUCUUCUUUUGUCACGUGCUCUUGUCUCUUGAGCAAAAGUAUUUACAUCAUUUUCAAUAUGUUGCAUUAUUGUCAUGGGUUCCUGGAUAGCUUCACCAUUGUUAUUUUCAGUCAUUUUCGAGCAUGUUUUUAGGAUCUUCCUAUGUUUUUAUUUUCCAUUUUGUUACACAUACCACCAUUGAAAAAAAAACAAUGUUUUAUCUUGUAUUUUGUAUGACAAGUACUUUUUGUUCGGUAUAUUUUAUGUGGGGUAAAAAUUACCCGACAAUACUGAUUGUGUAACGUUUUAUUGCUAAAGAAAAACGUCUGUUGAUGAAAGAAAAAACCCACAAUGGUAGAACUUGAAACUAUAAGAACAACUAAACACGGACUAAUGAGAUGAGACAUUACUUUGGAGUUGAGGUUCAAUAUAAUCGCUUUAAUCGCGUUUUCCAACUCUCCCUUCAUUAGCACCUGCUAAUUACCUUGAUCAGGUGUGUUCAGUCAAUCAGCAGCUGGAUGAGCCAACUGACACACAUGCUCAAGGUGAUCAGCAGAGAGAGCUGAAAACCAGAGGGACAGCGGCUCUCCAGGACCAAGGUUUGACACCGCUGAUAUAAAUAAGGAAACUGCUGCACACGUUUCAGCUCUGUCACACAUUUGGACCAGGUUCUUCAGACUAGUCCAGCGCCUUGAGCUGUGUCUGUGUUUUUCACUGUGUACAUGUGGUGAAUUUUGUGUCGUUAGCUGAUUGAACCCAUGACAUUCCGGGCACCGGUCCUCGUCUCUGACCUGUAGCCUUACUUUUGCACCGUGGUUUGUCUAUUUUGCUCAGAUAGUGAAGAGCCGUGGUUUGGACCACGGCGCUCACCUUUGAGCUUUGAAGGUUGUUCUGGGCUUGUCAGCUUCAGUCCUCUGGACCAUAAACUACGCUGCAUGUGUAGGAGCACGGGGCUGCUGAAUCGGACAUGUUACUCGUUUGUCCCUAAUGCUCUUUGUGACCUCUCUGCUGCUCGUUUAGUGUUUUUUAUGCCAUUGUUUCGCUGCAUGUGAUGCUUAUUACAGUUAAAUGACCUUUAAACUCUUGCACUGUCUGCUUUCAGUUUUAUAUGUUUUUAUGUCUUUUUUUUUAAACAGAAGGUUCUAUAAAUUUAAACCAAAGUUUAACUACGUUGUUUUUAUGUUUGAUAAGUGACCACUAGAGGUCAGACUUGUACAGGCUUUGUCUUUCCAUCAAACAAAAAUAAAACAUCCUUCCUUCCUGUUAA